GAGUUGGCAUAUUCAAACUUAAAUUUUAAGCCCAUCAAAAAACCACUUUUUUUCGGAUUCUCAUAAAUUUAGCAUAACAUUUCGAGUGGCCGCUGGCCAUGAGAAUAUCAUCGGUACGUCUACCAAGCGCGAGUGGUAGAAGUUCGUUCGCAUUUUCUAUGCUAGGAGUCAAAAGACGCUCGGGAGUGCUCAGUUUCGGACACAGCAAGAUCCAGGAAAACAUGACGCUUGAACUGGUUUCCACUGCCAAGAGCUUCGAGGGAGAGCAGCGCGUGUAUCGCCACCGUUCCAGCACCUUGGACUGCGAAAUGACCUUUGGCGUCUUCCUGCCGCCGGCAGCUCUCGAGGAGAAGAGUCCGUGCCCGGUGCUAUUCUUCCUCAGCGGCUUGACCUGCAGCCACGAAAACUUCAUCCAGAAGAGCGGCUUCCAGCAGCACGCCGCACGGCACAACCUGAUCGUCGUGAAUCCAGACACCUCGCCGCGCGGCGUGGACAUAGCUGGCCAGGAUGAUAGCUACGAUUUUGGCAGCGGAGCGGGAUUCUAUGUGGAUGCCAAGCAGGAGCCGUGGUCCAAGCACUACAAGAUGUACAGCUAUGUCACCCAGGAGCUGGUAGAUGUGGUGAACGCCAAUUUCCCCGUGGUACCAGGACGUCGAGGUAUCUUUGGGCACAGCAUGGGCGGCCAUGGCGCGUUGAUUUGUGCCUUGAAGAACCCCGGCUUGUACCAAUCAGUGUCGGCGUUUGCCCCAAUCGCCAAUCCCACUGAAUGCCCGUGGGGACAGAAGGCAUUCGCCGGCUACAUUGGAUCGAAUCCCGAUGACUGGGCCCAGUGGGACGCCACUCUACUGGUGUCGCACUACGAGAGCACGCCGCAGGAGCUCUUCAUCGACCAGGGUGCGUCGGACAACUUCCUUCAGGCGAAGCAACUACUGCCGGAGAAUCUCCUGACCGCCGCCGACGGAAACGAACACAUCCAGACCAUCUACAAGCAGCGCGCGGGCUAUGACCACAGCUACUUCUUCAUCGCCACCUUCAUUGCCGAGCACAUCUCCUACCACGCCAAACUGCUGACCGCCACAUGAGUCCGUUAGGAGAUUUGUGCCUCUGUUGCUUGUAAUUUUGAAUCGCUUUGUACUUUUGCUAAGCCCCCAAAUUCGGAAAUAAAUCAAAAGUACAGUACGGUACAGUGUCAAUCGCCGCAUAGUUUGUCGAAAUCGAGGGAAAUGUAUAUUGCACACAUGGAUCAAUAUUUCAAAAAUUCAUUCAUCAAUUGUAUCAUAUUCGAGACUCCCAAUACCAAAUCGCAAGCCAAUGUAAAUUUUCUCGCAAAAUGUAAAGUAAAAUAUGUUUUUAAAACGAAA